UGAUUUCUGCAAAAAGAGGGGCGGGGCUGGUCACUAACACAACUUUCUGCUUUUUACUGUGCAACUCUUCUUUUAAAGAUGUCUAAAGACAGGAAAAAGAAGCAAUUCACUCCUGGAGAUACUCCAAGGAAAGAGGUGUUGAAGGAUCUGCCAGACAGUAGGUAUGCAGACGAGGAGGGCGUUGAGACAACCAAUAUUCUAGCCCCCAAGGGGGAGGCGGGGCCUAUAGAGGGCUACAGCGCAAUAGAAGGAACAGAGGAGUAUAUAUUCAAAGGAAUCAACCCAGGAGCGGCGUUUUUGCACCCUCCAAGGAGGCUCAUCGAAGGCCGAAUUAUAUAUCAAGCAAAAUACUAUGGUCACUUGAAUGUCAAAGAGCCUCGUGGGGCAGUUUACGUGAGGGACGCCAUCGACAAGCUCAAGACGGUGGUGGAUGUAACACGAGCUAACAACCCGGGAGAAGAUGUUGUCAAAACAGUUGAUCUGUCCAUCUCCAUCAGAGGAAUCACUUGUGUCACCAAAGAUAAAAAGGAAAUUCUUCACCAGCAUCCAAUCCAUGCCAUCUCUUUCUCAGCUGAUGAUAAGAGAGGGAAGGCUGGUAACAUGCUAGCGUACAUUGCCAAGGGACGAGCUCCUGCAAGAGACAACAUCUGCUAUGUCCUCGAAGUGAAACCGAAACAGGCAAAAGAAGUCAUUGCCACCAUUGGACAAGCGUUUGAGCUAGCCUACAGAAGGUACGCUGAUGCUCAGAAAGCACGAGAAGGAUUUGAGCAGCUGAAACAAGUCUACCACACGGCCAGUGAUUCUGAGAAGGAGAAGAUUCGUCAACAGCUGGAGGUGGAGAGGGUCAAGAUAGCCAAGCAUAUGGAGGAAGAGAAGAAUAGAGAGAAGCCAUUUAAGAUUGACCCCAAGUUCCGUCCCUCCCACACUGGCUCUGCCCCGGUCGCCAUGAAGGAGGACACCUCUAUGAUUACCAUGACCACUGACGACCCACAGCUGAUGGUGGCAGUACGAAAAGAGGCCAAAGAAAUGGAGCUCGAGUCAAAGAUCAAGGCACAAAAGAAGGGCCAACCAGAGCCUCAAGAUAAAGAAUCAUCGAUUGUGUCGAAAUGGUCGAAUAUUGCAACAGCCAUGGAGCCGUUCCAAAUUGAGCCAUCCCUCGAUCCUGACACCCAAUACCUGGUUCCAAGAUUCCAGACGCUGGAACUGGACGACGCCAUCGCUGACAUUAACUCUCAAAUUGAAGUCUUAGAGGAAGCGUUCAGCUGGCGCACUGCGCAGGCACACCUGGAUGAGGAUAUUGACAUGACCCCAUUCUCCCACCCCCUACUAGACUCAAUAGACGAGAAGCUCAGAGAGAUCGAGGCCACUACCGACGAUCUUCCCGACAUACCAGACAUGCCCUCCAACUAUGUGAUGGACGAGUUUUUGAAGGCACGAGAAAAAGCCAACCUUCCGAAAGAGGGUGCCAUCAAGGACAUGGCUGCUGGGUGGUACAAGGAACAUCAUGACUAGCAACCAUGAAUAUAGUAUAUAGCAACAAUUAAAAUUAAACCUUUAUUAGAGAGUAUAAUUAUCUAAUUAUUAUCUGUACGUCCUUUACCUGCGUGCUAUUAUUUUACUUGUCAUUUUUGUUCGAUUAAUUCUGUCAAACAUGUACACACAUGUAUAUACAAACAUUACGCACAGUCAUACAAAAAUAGUUGUUGAGUGAUAAUUAAAUGA